UAUAAGAAAAGUUUGAAGAGAAUAGUAUAAAGCCGCUGGCACCUGAGACUCAAUCUCAAACGCUGUGUUGUGUUCUUGAACUGGUUAAGGGCAGCUCCUCCAAUCUCCAUUGGCGAGAAUCGACUCACUCCCACUCUCUGUAUCCAGACGCAACGCAAUGGAUUGGGCUUUUGUGCAUAAAACCUGGGAUAAGUGGGCUUCUACAAACAUUGGUUAUUCUGGUCAUCCGUUAAAAGCUGCUUUGCUAAUUAAUUAUGACCCGACUGGACCAUCUCGAUUGUUAUCUACCAUUGCUGAACAAGAAGGGAUAAGAGCUAAUCCCAUUGAAUUGAGUCACUUUGUGGACUUCAUCAAACAAAAUAAACUCCAGUCCGAGCUCUUCAUUAUUGGGUCCAAUCAGUACUUGGUCACGUCAAUUCAUGAGAACUGGUUUAGUGCAAGGUGUAUAAACACAUCGAAGCCUGCCGGUGAAGGUGCAAUUGUUAUACAAACAGCAGCUUAUAUCUUGGUUGCUCUUUUCACAGGUACGAAGGUUCCAUUGGUCCAGCAUCUCGGGCUAUGGCAGCUGCUGAUCAGUUAACUUGGCAAUUAGGGCGAAAAAAUCUUUAAAUUAAUGCUACUUCAGAUCUGUACCAUGCACUUACCAAAGGGCUAAUUUUUCUGUUUUACUCCGAUUUUGUUUAGAUGGUUGCAGCCAAGUAUCUUGGUGAUAGAGCCAUUACAGAACCGCAUUGGUUACAGUAUAUGAGAGGGAGGUCCUCCCAUUAUGUAUGAUAUACGUUUUGAAAUAGAUGAGUUGAUACAUCUGCUUUCGGUCUUUGUUAAA